AGGCUGCCACUCUUUAUUUGUCAGACUGAUAAGCAAAACAAACACGAAAUUCGUAAGUAGAAAGACGAACAGAAAACGAAAAGGAAAAGGAAGUCAGGUGCGUACGUUAUUUUCAAAUAGCGUAAGCUGGCCAGAAUGUCCGUGGUGACUCGGAGAGUGGCCGUCUGUCUACCAACAUUGUUGCAGCAUAGCAGCCGCCUCUCUAUACGCAUCGAUUUGCCGCGCCGGACAUUCACAGCCCACACAAAACGAAGCCGCAUCAUAUUAAGGUCUGAUGUAAUAGGAAAUGGCAGCAAAUCUUUGGGACGGCGUUGUACCCAUGGCAAGGGUGAGACAAGUCAGGACUUUACAUUUAUUCUGCUGCGCUGGUCCAAGCAGAUAUGGGACAAAAUGUUUGGCAAAUAUCUGCUAAUCACAAACGUUCUCGGCUCCGGUGUCUUGAUGGUUGUGGGUGAUGUCAUUGCCCAGGAGUAUGAGUAUCGACAUGGACUGCGGAAACAGGAUCGCUACGAUGGCGAUCGCAUGUAUCGCAUGUUUGUGGCAGGAGCAUUGCAGGGACCACUGCAUCAUUAUGUGUACAAGUGGAUGGAUCGUGUAAUGCCACAUCGCACGUUCAUCAAUAUCUGCAAAAAGAUUCUGAUUGAUCAACUGUUCAUGUCGCCCGCCUGCAUUCUAAUAUUCUUCUACUCGAUCUGCUAUCUGGAGCGUCAAACGUUGCAGGAAACGCAUCAGGAGCUGAUUGCCAAGUUUCCCUACAUCUACCUCUUGGAUUGGUUAACCUGGCCGGCAGCUCAGUAUAUUAACUUUCGUUACCUGGACACCAAAUACCGUGUGGCCUUUGUCAACGUCUGCACGGCGGUCUACAACGUCCUAAUGUCUUAUAUAAAGCACGACUUUGGCAUCCAUCUACCCUUGGAGCCCAAUAAUCUAUCCGAAAUCGCCCGUAAUCCCCUCAAAAACCCCGAAACGGAAACCAAAGAAAUAAUCACAACGGCAAGCAAGACAUAAUUAUUAAUAUAUAAUUAUCUAACUAAUUUAUAUUGCAUUUUCCUGCUGUGUGAUAUCAUCAAACAAAACUAUGAUACUAAAUUUGUUAGUCAUCGACGUACUUUUGUGCGUAAUAUCUAUGCAUAUCAUUAAAAUGAGGCUAUUAGCAAAAUUAUAUAAAAGCAAACAUGGUAGAAACUCAAUAAAACUCUGUGUACCAUUUUUUAAGUAA